UAAUCAUGGACGUCGUUGCUUGAGGUAUCGGCGUUUUGUUGAAAAAUAUAGCAAAAAUGUGUAAUUAAUUUGUAAAUCGAGUGUUUUUUAACGUUGUUGUAUAACAGAAAAUGGUAACGAUUGUUGACGAUUUAGAUUCUUUAACUUUGCAAGAGCCAAUUUUCAAGGAUGUCAAAUAUUAUGUUUCUGGCGAUGUCUCGGAAAGGAUUAUGCUGUUACUUCAGUCCGGUGGAGCGGAGAGUACAAAAUAUUUCUCAGACUAUGUCACACAUCUAAUUUGUGGGCAAAAUGCUGAGGACACCGACGUCGAUGAAGCCCAGGACAUUUACCAGAUCCCUGCAGUGACGGAGCACUGGGUCCUAGCGUGCGCGCGCCUCAAGAAGUUGGCCGACCCGAAGCCCUACAAUCCUCAUAAGAAUAAGAUAUUUAAUAACAUUGUAUGUUGUAUAUCUAAAGUGAGUGUUGCUGACGCUAAAACCUUGUUCGCUGUUAUCACAUAUCAUGGUGGAAAAGUAAAGUUGAACUUGGACUCUCAGUGUACUCACCUGAUUUGUGGAUCUGCUGUGGGAAAGAGAUACAGUGCCGCGCUCACACUCCCUCCCUCAAGGAUAAAGAUUGUGACCCCUGACUGGGUGCUAGAGAGUAUUAGGGCUAGAAUACAAGCGGUGACUGAUAUAUUUCACCCAAAACUGUUAGUUGUCCCUCAGCCUCCCCCGAAAGCGAUGGACCGUAUUAGUGCAAUCACAGGUUUCGAUUUUGAGGAAGGUAUUGCUAAAAACGAGGUGCCCACACAAAAUAUGGCAGAGAACAAGGAUGAUAGUACCCAGGCUUUGUUGGACAAACUGAAACAAAGGAUGCCUUGGAACCAUCCCCCGGCCAGCUCUAGUGUGUCAGUGGCUUCUAGUACACCUAUCAGUUCGAUGGGUUAUACUUCAACUUCCAUGUCCACACCCGGUAUCAUGAGCAAAUCCAUACCGCAAGGCAUUGUGACACAAAAUUUACAGAUACAGGGCAGUCAGCCGAACUCGCCACUACUACAGAAGUUUGGACAACAGAACACAAUAGUGUCACAAGCAGGAAUGAUGCAGAGUCAACAAAUUAGUAUGCAGCAACAACAACAGCAGCAACAACAACAACAACAACAACAACAACAGCAGCAGCAGCAGCAGCAACAACAACAGUCAUACCAGGGGCAACAGCAACAACAACAACCACAUGGCCUAACAGCAAUACAGAUACAGCAACAGAAAAUGUUGCAACAGCACCAACUGAAGAUGCAAAUGUUGCAGCAGAACAAGCUCAACAACCAGCAGGGCCAGCAAGGGUUCCAGCCCAAUGUCUCAGUGUCCCAAAUGUCUCAGAACCUUCAAGGUCAAUUGCAGCAACACAUACAGGGUAACCAGCACCAUUUGCAACAGAACAUAAACCAGCCUCCAACAACAAUGAGCUCAGCUCAGCAGCAUAUUGAGAAUAUUAGCCAGAUGUUGAGUCAGAGUGCUAAUAAUCUGCAGCAACAGCAGAACAUGGCCAUGAAACAAAGCCUGAGCCUCAGCCAGCAGACUGCUUCACAAGCUGUCCAGAAUAUUGCCCAACAACUUGCACAGUCCACUCAGAAUCUUCAAAAUGCAAAGAUGAAUCAAAAUCUUUCACAAGGACAGCUGAUUAACCAGCAACUGAUAUCAUCUGGGCAACAGAUGUCACAGCAAAACCAAGGAUUAAUUCAGCAACAAAAUGUACAGAAUAUAAAUAAUCAACAACAGAAUAUUAAUAUGGGUGUCCAGGGCCUAGUGACGUCAUCACAGGGUCAGACAGGACAGGGUGUACAGCUCAACCAACUGGUGAACUCCAACCAACAAACAGUACUGAGCCAGCAGAUCCAGUCUGUGCAGCAAACUAUACAGACUCAGCAGAAUGCUAAUGUACCUGUGCAGGGAGCUUGGAGACAACAGAACUUGCAGAUGGUGCAAAAUGUACAAGGCCAGCACCAAAUUAUAAGGAACCCAUUAGUUCAGUCUCGGACACCACAGAAUCAAGUUAUUCUGCAACAGCAAAUCAUGCAGACUCAACAACAGGCCUUAAUAAACAACCAACAACCUCAAUUGAGUCCCCAGCAUACUAUACAACAAAAUCCUCAGCAAAUUCUCCAACAAUCCAUAGGAGGUCAAGGCCAACAGUUGAACCAGACACAUCACCAGAUCCUGUUCCAAAAGCAGCAACUUCUAAGCAGUUCUGGUCAGCAGCAGAUAGUGCAAGCUCCUCAACAAGUGCUGAUAAACCAGCACACAGGACAGCAACAGAUUCUAGUACACGGAAACCAGCAGGUCACAUUGCAAGGAGGUCAGCAAAUUGUGUCACAAAGUCAAAUUGUUCACCAAGGAGGUCAGAUUGUGAACCAGGGUGGACAACAGAUUAUAACACAGGGUACGCAGCAGGUUUUGACGCAAGGAGGACAACAUGUGGUGAUUGCACAGUCGUCUCAGCAAAUCGUGACACAGUCUGGUCAGCAGAUACUUGGUCAAGCGGUGGGGCAGACUCAGCAGGUGUUGACACAGAUGCCGCAGUCUCCUCAGGCAGGUGGUGGGGGAAGUAUCCAGCAGAUUAUCACGCACGGCGGGGCGCAGCAGAUAGUGUCGCCGGGCGGGCAGCAGAUAGUGCAGGGCGGACAGAACGUGUCCUGGCAACAACAACAGUACUUGCAGCAGAGGCAGCAGAUAGCACAGCCUGGCACUGUGGGACCAAGGGUGUCAUGGACGGCGGGCGGCGGUGGUCGUCAACUGAUCCACCUGGACGCGCAGACUCACGCCCAGCUGCAACAGAUGAAGCCGCAGGAGCGCGCCGUGUUUGUCGCGCAGCUACAGAAGCGGCGCCAGCUGUCGCUGCAGCGACAGGCCGCCAUAGCUCAGCAACAGCAGCCAGGCGUAGUGGCGGGUUCCCCCGGCGCCCCGGCCCCGGCGGGCGCGCAGAGCGUCACCUUCAUACGCAGCCAGAUCACACCGGGACUCUCUCAGCAACAAGUGCCGGUGCAAUGGCUCCAGCAGCAGGGCGCCCGGGCCGCCAUACCAACCGCUGCGCCUGCGCCGCCGCCGCAAUCUCCCGUUGGCUCAGCUGGUGUAGGUAGUCCGGUAGCAACGCCAGGCGCUGGAGCGGGGGCCGGCGUGGAGACACAGCUCCAGCAGCUCCAGCUGCAGCGCCAGCAGCACUACCAGCGGCUGCAGCAGCUGCAGGCGCAGCGGGACCAUGUCGCACACCAUGCGGCCGUCAAACAGGUAUCUCCAGGUGUAACUCAACAUGUAGUAGCUGGCGCCCCCUUGGCGGACCAACCAGUAGACGCAGCACUAUUAACUCCCACCACGCCAGACCAACAACCAGGGAAUGCUCUCCUAGUUAAUCCGAAGACCAAGACAGCCCUGGCUAACAUGCUGAGUAUAAGGCUGCAAGGUGGCCCCGCUAGUGACCAUGAGCCUUCCGCAGCCGGCACGCUGCGCCUGCUGACGGCGGCGCAGGCCCGGCCCGCGCCCGCCGCGCCGCGCCUUCUGCUGCACCACGCCGCGCACCCGCACCACAAGGUAUACGCGCCCCCCGCCCGGCCCCCGCCUGCGCGUGCGCAAUUCUACGGACACAACCCCAACCUCAAACUACCGCCGGACCUGUUCUUACUGGGCUGUGUCUUCCAUAUUGUGGAGUACCAACAGUCGUGGGGCGCCGACCGCGUGGCUCGCUGGGGCGAGGCCAUCCAACGCCGCGGCGGGGAACUGGAGCCGGUCUACUGCGCACGGGUCACUCACGUACUCUGUGAGACACAGAAACAUGGAGUCGUUAUGCAGGCUCUCCGCGACGCCAAGCGCUGCGUGACGGCGUACUGGCUGUCGGACGCCAUGUUGCGGCGCGGCGUGGUGCCGCCGUGGUUAGCGUUACACCUGCCGUCCAUGUACGCGGCGCGCGACCGCCCCGCCAGGCACCAUCGCGCCGCCAUCUCGGGCUGGAGGCACGACGAGAGGGACCGUGUCACGUUCUGUAUUGAACAUAUUGGGGCCAAGCUAACUCCAUACAUGACUCGAGACAACACGGUACUGAUCUGCAAGCGUGCGGAGGGCAACAAGUACAGACGAGCGAGGGAGUGGGGGAUACCAGUCGUUACUGCCGCCUGGCUUACUGAUCUACUACUCGGGAACAUGAGCGCGCUCUCACAGAUCGAGAACGCAAAGUACCAGCAGUUCAAUCUGACCAGCCCAUUCCGUAUGGAUUACAGCUUAGUGUCGCAUUUGAUGAAUGCUUGGAAAAUGCCAAUAAACAUAACGCAAGAAUCCCACGAGCGUGCGAAGCGGUCUGCCGCGGCGGCCUGCGUGGCGGCCGGAGGACGGAGGGCGAAGCGCCCUCGUCUCUCCUCCCCGCCGCCCGCGCCGCCCACUCCCAGCGGGGCUCCGCCACAGCCCCCGCCCUUGCACUUAGCUCCAAGAGUCGCCUUCUCAGCACUAACGCCUAAUAUGCAACAUAAAUUAGCUGCUAUUGUCAGACAACUGGGCGGCCUCGUGGUGUCUUCUGCAGCUGAGGCCACACACCUCGUGAUGGAGAAGUUAGUGAGAACGUCCAAACUGAUCAGUAGCCUCGUCACGGUCAAACAUUUACUCACACCGGAGUGGAUCCUAGAGAGUCAGAGACUGAACAAGUUCGCAGACGAAGCGAAACACGGCCUUAGAGACGAGGCCUUCAACAAAAUGUUCAAGUGUGAUGUAUCAGAAGUAUUACUCUGCGGGGAAAUGAGGAAGAAACUCUUCGAAGGCGUCACCUUCUUCCUUACACCUUGCGUCAAACCCUCCCGCGGUGCUCUCACAGAAAUGAUAGAACUUUGCGGCGGGAAAGUCGAGAAAAAUCGCCGGUCGUACGUCUCCAUACAAGAAAUGCAUAAUCAGAAGAAAUACAGCUACUUAGUCCUCACAGUACCCAACGACCUACAUCUAGUUUACUAUCUACUUCAAUCUGAAAAAACUCUAAAUGUUGUCUGCAGUACUGAAGUAGUGCUAUCCGCCAUUAUGAGGCAGAAGUUAGAAGUUGAAGAGUUUCUCGUCAAAAUAGACUAAUGUUCCUCCUUUCAUCUAUCAGAUACAUUAUCAUAGUUAGGUAUUACAAAUUUUGUCGUUUUACAAUUUUAUGAACUAUUGACAAUAUUUGAAUAAAGUUUAUAUGAUACAGAGUUCCAUAAAUAUACGUUACGACUAUAGAUAAAUAUUCUCUAUUUCUGAUCUAUUAUUAUUUUGACUUUCGUCUUUAUCGAAACAUGAUUUUUUUGUGAACGAAUAAAGUCCUUAUUAUGUUUCUCUUUUAUUUUGGAAUCUCUGUAUUUUUUAUAAUUUGUUCUUGUUAAAAGUUUCAUUUUAAGUUCAAUUUAUAUACUUUGUUAAAGAAAUUUAAAAGAAUGCAUGUUGCGUCGUUUAAAUGUAAGCAGAAGUUUUCGAAAUAUUUUUGUCAGUUGUAAAUAGAUGCUUUAAAGGUCUGGACCAUGAUGUGUAUAAAUUAAAAAAGAGAACUUGAGAAGUUAUAUUAAACUAUGUUUUUAAUUAAUACA